AUGUCUGGCGAACUCGCUGAUAUCGGCCUCAUCGGUCUGGCUGUCAUGGGCCAAAACCUCAUCUUAAAUAUGGCCGACCACGGAUUUACCGUUUGCGCAUUCAACCGUACUGUCUCGAAAGUUGACGCUCUUCUCGCCGGCGAGGCACAAGGAAAGUCCGUCAUGGGUUCGUACUCUGUGGAGCAAUUCGUCUCUAGUCUCAAGAGACCACGGCGUGUUAUGCUGCUUGUACAGGCUGGUAAGCCUGUCGACGACUGGAUCAAGAUCUUGUUGCCCCUCCUCGAAGCGGGGGAUAUUAUUAUUGACGGCGGUAACUCCCACUUCUCUGAAUCGAGCCAAAGAGCCAAAUAUCUUGCCCCUAAGGGUAUGCGAUUCAUCGGCGCUGGUAUUUCCGGUGGCGAGGAAGGGGCUCGCUUAGGUCCCUCAAUAAUGCCUGGAGGGCAUGAAGAGGCUUGGCCCUUUGUACAGCAUAUCUUUCAGAGUAUUGCCGCACAGAGUGAAGGGGAAGCCUGUUGUGAAUGGGUUGGUGAUGAAGGUGCUGGCCACUAUGUCAAGAUGGUGCAUAACGGCAUUGAGUAUGGUGAUAUGCAGCUUAUCUGUGAGGCGUAUGAUAUCAUGAAGCGCGGCCUGAAAAUGAACAACAAGGAAAUCAGCGAUACAUUUGCUAAGUGGAAUCAAGGUGUGCUCAACUCAUACCUGAUGGAGAUCACGCGAGAUAUUUUCAACUUUGACGACAAAGAAGGCUCCCCUAUCAUCGACAAGAUCCUUGACAAGGCCGGUCAGAAGGGUACUGGGAAGUGGACAGCUGCAAACGCUCUCGACCUUGGUGUUCCUGUCACCCUAAUCGCGGAGGCUGUCCUUACCCGCAAUCUAUCUGCUAUGAAAGAAGAGCGUACAGAGGCAUCGACCAAGCUCAAAUUUAUUAGCCGCCUCAAUGUCUGUGACAGUAACAAGGGGCAGGAGCAGGAGCAGUUCCUUGAAGACCUUGAACAAGCCCUCUACGCGUCGAAGAUCAUCUCAUACACCCAGGGAUUCAUGCUCAUACAGGAGGCCGAACGAAAAUACGGCUGGAAAUUCAAUAAGCCCUCAAUCGCCCUCAUGUGGCGUGGCGGGUGCAUCAUCCGCUCAGUCUUUCUAAAGAACAUUACAACAGCUUACCAAAAUAACGUUGAAUUGGAGAACCUUCUUUUUGAUAGCUUUUUCAACAAAGCUGUCUAUAAGGCACAACCCGGCUGGAGGAACAUUGUUGCAAAGGCUGCCCUCCUUGGUAUUCCGAUACCGGCUUUUUCAACCGCACUUUCAUGGUUUGACGGGUACCGUACGAAAGAUCUUCCAGCAAAUUUGCUACAGGCACAGCGCGACUACUUCGGCGCACAUACUUUCAGAGUGAAGCCUGAGGCUGCAAAUGCCAGAUAUCCAAAGGGCGAGGAUAUCCACGUUGACUGGACUGGACGGGGAGGCAACGUUUCGGCUUCGACUUACCAAGCGUAG